AUGAGUGUUCCUGAGACAUUGUCGAAUGAAGUCACCGAGAAGAUGGAAAAAGAAGAAAAUGUAAAUCAUGGUGAUGAUGUGCUUGAUAUAGAAAACGACGGUAGCUUUGAUGGCAACGGCGAAGAAAUUGGAAGAUAUUGGUCACAGUUUUCUGAAAGGAACAUGACAUAUGAAGAACCUCUUCUUGUGAAGAGGAUUAACACUACAUCUCAGAUUGCCAUAGUUGGUUCCAACCUUUGCCCUAUCGAAAGUCUCGAUUAUGAGAUUUUUGAUAGUGAAACAUUUAACCAGGACUGGAGGUCCAGGAAGAAGGUUCAGAUAUUCCAAUAUGUCGUACUUAAAUGGGUAUUUGCGCUUCUUAUUGGAUUAGGAACCGGAUUGGUUGGUCUUUUCAAUAACGUUGCUGUCGAGAACAUAGCUGGUUUCAAGCUUCUUCUUACAACUAGUCUCAUGUCUAAACAUAGAUUUUUUGAGGCGUUUCUUGUAUAUGCCGGUUUGAAUAUGAGCUUAGCAGCAGCGGCUGCAGCUCUCUGUGCUUUCAUUGCUCCGUCGGCAGCAGGCUCUGGCAUUCCAGAGGUUAAAGCGUAUCUCAACGGCAUUGAUGCUCACUCAAUUCUGGCUCCAUCCACUCUUUUUGUAAAGAUUGUCGGUUCCAUAUUCGGAGUAUCGGCUGGAUUUGUGGUGGGAAAAGAAGGACCUAUGGUUCACACAGGAGCAUGCAUAGCUUCUAUUUUGGGGCAGGGCGGGUCCCGAAAGUACGGUUUGACUUGGAGUUGGCUAAGGUAUUUCAAAAAUGACCGAGACCGGCGAGACAUGAUUACUUGUGGUGCCGCUGCUGGUGUUGCUGCCGCCUUUCGAUCUCCUGUAGGUGGUGUCCUCUUUGCCCUUGAAGAGGCAGCUUCUUGGUGGAGGAGUGCUCUUUUAUGGAGGUCAUUUUUUACUACAGCAGUAGUUGCUAUUGUUUUACGAGGUGGAAUUCAGUUUUGCUCGACUGGGAAAUGUGGACUAUUUGGCGAAGGCGGUCUUAUAUUGUAUGAUGUUAGUUCAGCCAAAGUAACAUAUAGUGGCGGCGACAUUUUAGCAGUUAUAGUUUUGGCGACUAUUGCUGGUAUUCUUGGAAGCAUUUAUAAUUUCCUCGUCGACAAGGUCGUUCGUUCAUAUAGCAUCAUCAACGAAAAAGGUCCAUUUUUCAAAAUCUCUCUUGCAGUUACAGUUUCUCUUUUGACAUCAUGUUGUUAUUAUUUCCUACCAUGGAUUGCAAACUGUCUCCCUUGUCCUACCGAAGGGGCGGUGACUUGUCCCUCGGUUGACGAGUCGGGAGAAUACAAAAUCUUCCAAUGUCCGCCGGGCUACUACAAUGAUCUCGCUUCCCUCUUUCUAAACACCAACGACGAUGCUAUUCGUAAUCUAUUCAGUCCUAAGAUAAACAAAGAAUUUCACAUUUCAAGUUUGUUUAUCUUCUUUGCAGCUGUUUACUUUCUUGGUAUAAUCACUUACGGUAUCGCUGUUCCGUCUGGACUUUUCAUUCCUGUGAUACUUGCCGGUGCUGCGUACGGCCGUGUUCUCAGUAGACUCUUUGAACCGAUCACGAAACUCGACCGAGGACUCUUUUCUCUCCUAGGAGCUGCCUCUUUCCUCGGUGGCACCAUGAGAAUGACCGUCUCGAUUUGUGUUAUAUUACUCGAACUCACUAAUGAUCUCUUGUUACUUCCGCUCGUGAUGUUGGCUUUGUUAAUAUCAAAAUCCGUGGCCGACAUUUUCAACAAAGGUGUCUACGAUCAAAUAUUGAAGAUCAAAGGACUUCCUUAUUUAGAAGCGCACGCUGAACCAUACAUGAGAAAUAUAGCUACACGCGAUGUUGUCUCGGGUCCUUUAAUGUCCUUUUCUGGCAUCGAAACGGUCGGGAAUAUUUUACAUGUUUUGAAUACUACAGGACACAACGGGUUUCCGGUCAUCGAUGAACCGCCUUUCACAGACUCGCGAGAGUUGUGUGGACUCGUACUGAGGUCUUACUUACUAGUCUUACUAAAGGCGAAGAAUUUUACAAGAGAGAGGGUUUUCGCGAAUGCGGGUAUCUUAGAAAAUAUUUCCGUGCUGGAUUUUGGAAAGGCGGGGUCAGGAAAAGGGGUCAAAUUAGAAGAUUUAGAUAUCAAAGAAGAAGAUUUGAAUAUGUAUGUUGAUCUUCAUCCAAUAACCAAUACAUCGCCAUACACCGUGGUUGAGACGAUGUCACUUGCUAAAGCCGCUAUUAUUUUCCGUCAACAGGGACUCAGACACAUGUGUGUUGUUCCGAAGAGCCAAGAGAGACCUCCAAUCGUCGGGAUUCUGACGCGUCACGAUUUCAUGCCGGAACAUGUUUUGGGACUUUACCCCGAAAUGAAGCAUAGCAAAUGGCACUGA